AAUCCCCCAACCCCAGGAAAACACUUUUCCCCCCUAUAAAUACCACAGACACGCGCUUUGUUGAACAUUGUUCACAUAACCCAUAAUCAUCAAAUAGUCAUAAUGGCAACAAGCAACUCAACGACAGUGUUAAUCCUAGGCGGAACCGGCAAGGUCGGCCGCCAGAUCGCGAAGCUCUUCGCAGCGACCUCAAUCCCUACAUACCAGGCCUCCCGGAGCGGAGCCUCCACCACGGAACCGGGCGCCGACAACAUCAAGCCCGUCGCCUUCGACUGGGAUGAUGAGACGACGUGGACCGCCGCCCUUGAAACCGGCGCGACGAGCAUCUUUCUCGUCGCCCCGCUGGUCAUGGACAUGCUGCCACCGAUGCAAUCCUUCAUCGACCAGGUCAGGAUGAAAGGAGACACCACCGUCACCAAGCGAUUCGUCCUGUUGAGCGGAAGCCCCAUCGAGCCGGACAUCAACGGCUACGUGAUGGGCCGGCCGCAUGCGUAUCUGAAGGACCUUGGUGACAAGGGGGAAGUGCAAUGGGCUGCGAUACGACCGACUUGGUUUCAACAGAACUUCGUCGAGCAGGAAAAUCACCGCAGAUCGAUUGUUGACGAGAGCACCAUCUACUCGGCGACGGCGGACGGUAAGAUCCCCUGGGUGGCGACCGAGGACAUUGCGGCGUGCGCGUACCAGCUCCUCACCCAGGAGGACGCGCCCAACGACCAGUACCUCAUUCUUGGCCCGGAGCUGCUGGCCUACGACGACAUCGCCACGAUCCUUUCCGAAGUCCUCGGCCGCAAGAUCGUGCACAAGAAGCUCUCGACGCAGGAGCUUGUGGACCGGUUCACCGGCCAAGGCAUGCCGCGGGACUACGCAGAUAUGAUGGGCGGCUGGGACACCGCCAUCAAGAACGGCAGCGAGGACCGGACGAACAGCGUCGUGCUCGCGCUGACGGGAAGACGGCCAAGGACGUUCCGCGAGACGGUCGAGAAGAACAAGGGUGUCUGGGCGACGGUAGCGUAAGGGGGGGGUAUGUAUCAUGGAAUGCAAAGGGUCUCGGAGAAGAGUGAGGGAGCUCCCGGGGAGGGUGUGAUGUUGGGUGCAAUACGUCAGAACAGCUAUAUGCGGGGGAACAGGGAACAGGGAACAGCAUUCCUCUGUUAUUUUCGGAGUCAUUUCAUUACAUGGUCUCCUCGUACAAUUGGAAAAGGGAAAAAAAAAAAAGGUUUCGUUUUCAGUCAGCCGUUUUCAGCCGAAAUCUUGGACUCGUCUUCUGCGUGCGG